CCAUAUGCAAAACGGUUGUAAUUUGCAUUUUAAACGUUGUGGUUGACAAAUGAUUAGACAAUAGCGUAAAUACACCUGAGUACAUUGCUGUUUUGCUGCGCUAGAAUUUUUUUUUGUUUUUUUGUUUUUGACAAACGAUAGGAUAUUUACUAAAUAAUUUUUACAACAUGUCAAUAUACUCACAACACAGUUACACCACAGCAAUGAGACUAGUGAAUAUGUAUCAUUCCAUCUUUUGCUUUAGUUUCCCUUUAGUGGCUCAAAUUUGUUUGUUAGUUUUUUUGGUCAGUAGUUUCUCAGAAAGUUAUAUGUGUAGUGAACUAGGCUUGGGUUAUUCUAGAUGCAAAGUUGGCUACAACUUCUUUCUGUAUCUAGGCUAGGAUUAUUCUAGAGGGUUAAUUUGCUGCACAAACUCUCUGUGUGUAGCUGUUUCCUUUCGGCCUCAGAUUUUGUAGUUAGCUAGUUGAAUAUAUAGGCCUCCAUGUGGUUCGUAGGUGGUGACGUGGGGAGCUCCCACAGAAGCCAGAGCCACAGAGCUUUAAAACCUCGAAUACAGUCAGCCCAAUUCACUCCUCAAUUUCUCUCUUUUAUCACUCAAACCUCUCUCUCUCUCUCUCCCUCUCUCUCUCUCUCCAGUGUGUUUGGUGAUGGGGGUUCAUGAGAUUUGUGAUGCUUUGCAUGACAUGAAGCCAGUGUUGUUAAUGGUGGCGGUUCAGUUUUCAUUUGCUGGGGUUAAUAUUUUCUACAAACUGGCGACUAAUGAUGGAAUGAGCUCAAGGAUUCUUGUUGCAUAUCGCUUCAUUUUUGGAACCGCCUUCCUCCUUCCUAUUGCUCUUAUCUUUGAAAGGAAAAGCAGGCCAAAGCUCACAUGGAUGGUGCUCUUGCAAGGAUUUUUGUCUGGCUUAUUUGGGGGAUCAUUGACACAAAAUUUGUACAUUCAAAGCUUAGCCUUGACAUCUGCAACAUUUGCUUCUGCCAUAGCCCAACUCAUCCCAGCCUUAACUUUCGUCUUCGCCAUCACCUGCAGGUUGGAGAGAUUGAAUUUAAGAAGUAUAGCAGGGAAGGCAAAGGUGUUGGGAACAUUAAUGGGAAUUGGUGGAGCGAUGGUUCUGACAUUUUACAAAGGUGCGGAGAUCAACAUCUGGUCUACACAUGUUGACCUUUUGCAUAGUAGUCAGCAACAAAACAACCACUUGGCAGCAUCAGCUCAUGCAGACUCUGGUAAUCGACUAUUGGGCUGCCUACUGUCCUUGGGGAGCUGUUUUGGCUUUGCUUUAUGGCUCAUUAUUCAGACUAAAAUGGGGGCGACGUACCCUUGCCACUAUUCAAGCUCUGCUUUAAUGUCAGCAAUGGGGUCAAUCCAGGCCGUUGGAUUUGCCCUCAUCAAGGAGAGGGACUGGAGCCAAUGGAAAUUAGGUUGGAAUAUUAGGCUUCUCACAGUGGCAUACGGGGGAGUUGUGGCCACUGGGCUAAGUGUGACAUGUAUUGCUUUGUGCAUACGCAUGAGAGGCCCCUUGUUUGUAUCUGUUUUCAACCCUCUUAUGCUGGUGCUUGUUGCCAUUGUUGGGUCUCUGGUAUUGGACGAGAAGCUGCACCUUGGAAGUGUGUUAGGAGCAGUACUGAUAGUGUGCGGCUUAUAUGCUGUGCUGUGGGGUAAGGGCAAAGAAAUAAACAAGAGUCAAUCAGUGGCGCCGUCUGAAAGCUUUCAUCAUCAAGAUUCUGGAUCAAUUGAUAUUGUUAUAAUGCCUAACGGCAUGAGCAGCAACAAUGAGGGCCUAACAAGUAAUAAUGCUCCAAAUACCGUAGAAGAAAGGAGGAUUUGAAGAAAACCCAGCUACAAUAAUGUGAUAACAGAAAUGUUAAUUAUUGUAAUGUUUUUCUGGGUAUCCCAAUUCCAAUUACCCAAAUAUUUGGGAGUUUUGGUAUUGUUCCGUGUAUAAGAUAUUGUAUAUAGAUCCAUCCCCUUCAAGUAAAUUUUUGGGGAGGUUAUAAAUAUAUGUAUGUUAAAUAUUUUUAUACAAAUAAUAUUAAAAGAGAGAAAUUCUAACAUAAAAUCUCGCGCGUAA